ACCAAAUCGGAUGAUCCUUAUUAUUGGGCAGGCAGGCACCCAACCAGACUCGCGGCAGUGCCAGGACAAUCUAUCCCCGAUCGAGUGACUAGCACGGAGGCGAAGAUGACAACCGAACCGGUCAAGCUCAUCGGCGCUUUCGGCAGCCCGUUCGUGCACCGCGCCGAGGUGGCCCUGCGCCUCAAAGGAGUCCCCUACGAGCUCAUCCUCGAGGACAUGAGCAACAAGAGCCACCUGCUGCUCAAGCACAACCCCGUGCACAAGAAGGUCCCCGUGCUCCUGCACGGCGAUCGCGCCGUCUGCGAGUCCCUCCUCAUCGUCCAGUACGUCGACGAGGCCUUCGACGGCCCGCCGCUGCUGCCGUUCGACCCCUACGAGAGGGCGGUGGCUCGCUUCUGGGCUCACUUCCUGGAGGAAAAGUGCCUGGAGCCGCUGCGGGUGGCGCUGUUCGCGGACGGCGAGGCGCAGAAGGCGGCCAUGAAGGAGGCGAGGGAGAGCCUGGCGCUAGUGGAGCAGCAGCUCAAGGACAAGGAGAAGAGGUUCCUGGGAGGAGACGACAUCGGCCUCGCGGACAUAGCCGGCGGCGGCCUGCUGGCGCACUGGCUCGGUGUGCUCGAGGAGGUCGCCGGGGUGCGCGUCCUGGGCGACGAGGAGCACCCAGCUCUGCGCCGGUGGGCGGCGGAGUACUGCUGCAGUGAAGCUGUGAAGGAGUGCCUGCCGGACAGGGGCCGCCUUCUCUCCUACUUCGCCGGGAUCAGGGACAAGUGCAUCUCGGUGGCCAACCCGACGCUUGACCUCACCUCAUCAUCAUCAAUCUAGUAAUGCAAAUGCAUUAGCAUGUUUGGUCGGCCGUCAUUGUCUUCGUCGCACUCGCCACCUACUAGCUACUGCGCAUCAUUAGGACCCGCCAGAACUGCCAUCAUGUAAUGGCUUUUUUAGAGCAUCACAAAAAACUUGUUAAUAAGCAAUGACGUUUGUGGUUCGCAUC